UCCUUUCGACUUCUUCUUUAUAUUUAUAUAUGUUGAUAUACCGAGUAUGAAUAUAUAUAUAUAAAUGAGAAGCAAAAAAGAGGUAGUUUGAUGAUCAAGUUGAAAUAGUCCUCUGCGUACGGUAUAGUAUAGGUGGUGGGAGGCCUCGAUAAAAGUCAGAGUCAGACUGAUUGUGAGUCAGAGUUGCGGUGGACUCCGGGUCAGUACAAAGAGGCGCGUUUUACCUUUUCCCGAAGUCGCACGCGUUCGAUCACGUUUUUCUCUUUCUUCCUUCCUUCCUUAUACACACACACACCGCAUAUCUUCCUUUAUAUAGAAACUACCCUUUAAUUUCAACGAAAGCAAAAAAAAAAAAAAAAGAAUCAUUAUCUCCUUCAUUAACAAGCAGUGCUGUGCCGGCAAAUUUCGUGCCUCUUUUACAAUUUUCCACUAUUUAACACACAAGUUUAGUUUCGUGUCUUUGGAAUGAAAACUAGGAAUCGAUAGUGCCGUGGCAACGAUGUUAGUCUGACUUGGUAAAACGGAAGUGCAACAAGGAAGGGUCGAGCUUUCAAAAAAAAAAAAAAAAAAAAAAAAAUACACCCAGAACGUGUAAAACGAAAGGCGAAUAUAUAUAAAUAAGAAAAGGAAGAAUAGCGAGAAGACAUAAAAGAACUCGACGAAGAAAAGGAGAUAAAGAUAUUGAAGAAAGGGUCAAAAUAGAAACAAAAAAAAAAGUUUAAAAAAAAAAUAUUUUCUAAAUACUUUUUAAAUACCUUUUAAAUACUUCUUUAAUAAAACAAAAAAAAACGAAAGGCAAUUAAGAAGAACAACAAAUAGAAAAAAAAGAAGGCAUUCAAGUGCAAUAUUGUUUCGGAAAAUAGAAAAAGAGAUACCGGAAGUUGAAGAUACAGAACUUUUUCGUUAAUUGAGAAUUUUUUUUUUUUUUGUGAGUGCAAGUGUAAAUAUAACACAAUUGAACUGUGGUUAGAUGCAUGACCGGAAGUUCUUAUAGUGAGAUUCAGGUCGAGAUUAUAAUUAUAUUCAAAUUCGUUUCUCAAAUUUGAUCCAAUUUUGGAUUUUUAAUUUUUUUUUUUUUUUGCUUUUUUGAAUAAAAACAUAAUUUUUAAAAAAUAUAUGUUUUACUGUCUUUUCCCUUUUAUUUCGUGUGAUUCUUGAGGGGGGCAAAAAAAAAGAAGAAGAAAAAGUUGAAAGUAUAAAAGAAAAGACACACAAUGUCGAGAAGAGAGUUGACUUUAACGACAACUGCCGGAAGUCUUUUGCUUCUCUUUGUUGUUCUUUGCGCAAAAGCUGACAAUUAUCAUUCUGAUGUUUCCCAAACGAGAGCAAUGAGAUAUUUGUCACAAUUCGGAUAUUUACCGCCAGUCAAUCCAACUAGUGGUGGAAUAAUUUCUGAAUAUACGAUGUCAAAAGCAAUUUCUGAAUUUCAGUCAUUUGCUGGAUUAAAUAUCACAGGAUUAUUGGACGAUGAAACUGCUGAAACCAUGACCUUGCCAAGGUGUGGAGUUAAGGAUAAAGUUGGAGUAAGCUCAGAUGGUAGAUCUAAGAGAUAUGCUCUUCAAGGUUCUAGAUGGCGAGUUAAAAAACUGACUUACAAAAUAAGCAAGUACCCAAGACUUCUAGACAAAGGAGCAGUCGAUAAAGAAAUUGCAAAAGCUUUUUCAGUCUGGUCAAAUUACACAGAUUUAACGUUCACUCAGAAAAAAUUAGGCCAAGUACACAUUGAAAUAAGAUUUGAACGCGGAGAACAUGGAGAUGGAGAUCCUUUUGAUGGACCAGGUGGUACCUUGGCCCACGCCUAUUUCCCCGUUUAUGGAGGUGAUGCACAUUUUGAUGAGGCAGAACAUUGGUCCAUCAAUAGCUACCGUGGUACAAAUCUCUUUCAAGUUGCUGCACAUGAAUUUGGACAUUCACUUGGUUUGAGUCACAGUGAUAUCAAAUCUGCACUUAUGGCACCUUUUUAUCGAGGUUACGAUCCUAACUUUAUGCUAGACAGCGAUGACAUCCAAGGAAUUCAAGCUCUCUACGGUGCAAAAUCAGAUGAUGAAGGUAGCGAAACAAAUUACAAUCAUCGAACAACAUCAGCUCCUCCAGGUGAAGAGGAUCCUUUAUUGUGUUCUGAUCCCAAAGUCGAUACUAUGUUCAAUUCGGCUGAAGGUCAUACGUACGCCUUUAAAGGUCAAUACUACUGGAUGUUAACGGCCGAAGGUAUUGCUAGCGGCUACCCCAAACUCAUUAGUUCUUCGUGGAAAGGUUUACCAGGGAAUAUUGACGCUGCUUUUACGUACAAAAAUGGCAAGACAUACUUCUUUAAGGGAUCAAAGUAUUGGAGGUAUAUUGGGAAAAAAAUGGAUGGCGAUUAUCCUAAGGAUAUUAGUGAAGGAUUUACGGGAAUUCCUGACAAUAUUGAUGCGGCAACAGUUUGGACUGGAAAUGGAAAAAUUUAUUUCUAUAAGGGUACAAAAUUCUGGAGAUUCGAUCCAGCUCAACGACCACCUGUCAAGAGUACAUAUCCAAAAUUGAUCUCAAAUUGGGAGGGUGUACCUGAUAAUAUGGACACAGCUCUAACAUAUCAUGGAUAUACGUAUUUCUUUAAGGGAAACACUUAUUAUCGAUUUAAUGACAGAACCUUUUCUGUGGAUAAUGCUGAUCCUGCUUUUCCAAGAGCGACUGCAUAUUGGUGGUUUGGAUGUAGGGGAGCAAGCAAAGGAACGAUAGGUAAUAUUCAGUGGCAAAAUAAAGAUGAUUUGCCCUUUUUUCAUGGCAAUUUAGAAAAAUCACCAGUGAAUUUACUGAACAGCGACGCUUUUGGUUUACGAGAUGAUGUUGAUGACACCAUUUUAGACGCAGGGGACAGUGAUGAGCAACAUGUCACUAAUUCAAAUCAACAUUCAUCUGAUUCUGCGGCAGAAAGUAUAUUCAUCACACGUGAAAGCAGAUGGCAUCUUAUUAUUAUCAUCAGUAUAAUGACAUUUUUUGUCAAUUUUCGACAUAUUGUUUUCACGUAGUAAUUAGAGAGACGCAAAAAAAAGAGAAUUUUUUUUUUUUUAGGAGUAACAAAUUUUUUUGUGAUAAAAAAAAAAUGAUGAAUAUAAUAUAAGAAAUACGAUUAUGGACGAAUGAAAAGUAAAAAAAGAAAAGCUCUCAAUAAUAAUAAUAAUUAUUAUUAUUAUUGAUUGAUGUUAUUUUGAUGAUGUCAAUUUUGAAAAGCUGCAAAAUACGUUCGCAUCAUCAUUAUCAUCGUCAUUAUUUUCUCAUCAUCGAUUUUGAAAAUUUUCUAUAUUUAAUUAUAUAGGUACACUGCCCUCGAUUAUUUCAAAACGGUGAUCAAAGUGCACUUUAUACAAAAAAAAAAAAAAUGAAAAAAAAACAGAAAGACUGUUUCUCCAAUUGUGCACAAUUAUUAUCUUAGAUUUUACAAUUUAGCCGAAUAAUAAUUAGUCUCGGAAAGUCUUGACAGUAUUUGCAAUUCGAAUUUUUGCUUGUGAAAAUAAUUUUUUUUUUUUUAUUUUGCAUGAAAAUUCAGUUUAAUUUUGACUUUUUAAAAUUCACUAUUUUCGUUUAAUUAAAAUUGUUAUAUUACUUUUAAUUAUAAAAUUAUUCUUUAAUUUUGAGCAAUUUUUAAUUAAUUAUUUAUUUUUGAUUAAAAUUAAUUUUGUGUAAUUUAUUUUAAUUAUUUUUUAAAUAAUUUUUUUUUUUAUUAGUUUCGUUUAUUUUUGUCCUCCAUUGAAAUUUAAAUACAAAAUUUCAAAUAAAUUAAUUAAAAUCAAUAUUGAUAUAAGAAACUGAAUUUUAGUGGAAAAUUUUGUUAAUUAAUUUAAAUUUUGUUUUUUAUUUUCAAUUUUCGAAAUAGCUAAGGCAGCUUCGAAGACUGUCUAAAAUUAAUUGCGUAUUAUAUACAAUAGGAUGAACCUAAUAAUUUGUCGCUGUCUCUAUAAUUAAGGUUUUCGAUAAAUGCGCCCUGAUGUUGAAAAAAAAAAAAAAAAAUUUCGCAUAAAUUGUGAUUUUCCGAGUUUUAACGAAAUGUGAUCAUCGAUCUACGAAAGCGCAAUCAUUAGAGAUUAAGUCAUCUUUGAAUAAAUAUACAUUAUAUAAUAAUUAAAAAAAAAAAAAAAAAAUAGAGCAUUGUUGCAAUUUUUUUUUUAAAUGUAUAUAAUACAUUACAAGGUGAAUUUUGGUUGUUCUAACCAAAAUUACAAAAAGUAUUCAUUUGCUUUUCAAUAAUAUUUAGAUAACUUAAAUUUAAUUGACAAGUCUGAUGUGUACGUAUUUUUUUUUGUUAAAAAUAAUAUUUUCAUUAAUUACUGCUCUUUGAUAGUAUUCCAAAAGUAUUAUAUAUGAAAGCAAAUUUUGAAUAUUCGUAAAAAAAAAUGAUUCUAUAUAUAUUAAUUAUAUAGGUUAAUGUAAAAUUUUUAACAAAUUUCUUUUUUUUUCUGCAUGAGCCAUAACUGCCGCUCGAAGUAGAAUUUUAUUCUAUGAAUAUUGCAAUUAAAUUUAUAGAAUUCGGAAAUAAUCAUACUGUGCAACAAAAAGAAAAAACAUUAAAUAUACUUUUGAUCGAAUUUGGCUAUUUUAUGAAAAUGAGAAAAUUAUCAAAAUUAAUAAUUUUAUAACUUGAAUGAUUUUUAUCCAAUCGUGAUAGUUUACGACUGAUUUUAAAGAGAAAAUAAUUUACUUUCUUUCAAAUACACCAAUAAUUGGGGCUAUUUUAUCCGUCAAAGUUUGUUUCUUUAUAAAAUGGCCUUAAAAAAUUGUUAAAAUUAUUUUAUAUAAAAUCUUUACUGCAGUAAAAAAAAAUUUGGUAGAAAUUUUUUGACAAAUUUAAAAAUUA